UAGAUGCCAAAAUCCAGCGCAUCUAUCUCCGACUAAUCGGUGCCGUUUAACUACCAGCUUUAAGAAAGCCUAGUCGUUAUCUUCGAUCACCUAUUUUCUGUCCGUUGACGAAUUAAAAAAUAAAAAACUGUCCGUUGGAUCCACCCAUAUCUCAUCACCCAAUAUUAAUCCAACGGUUAGGAGUCGAAUCCAAAACUUAUUUCUUGAAUAUACUUUCUUUUCAAUUUUCUUUUCCUUUUUCUCUCUUUCUCUAAAAGAAAGGUUUUCUUCAAUGGCCGACCGGUGCUGACGUACCAGAGGCGCUUCCCUCCUCAUUCCUCUCAUCUCCUUUCACCAGAUCCGGGUUUGUUUUCGAUAAAUUUCUUCUAUUUCCAUGGCUGCUCCACCUGCAAGAGCUCGAGCUGAUUACGACUACCUCAUCAAGCUCCUUUUAAUCGGCGACAGCGGUGUGGGUAAGAGUUGCCUCCUUUUGCGUUUCUCAGAUGGCUCAUUUACUACUAGUUUUAUCACGACAAUUGGAAUUGACUUUAAGAUAAGGACUAUAGAGCUUGAUGGAAAAAGGAUCAAACUGCAAAUUUGGGAUACUGCUGGGCAAGAGCGGUUUCGAACAAUUACAACCGCUUACUACCGUGGAGCCAUGGGUAUUUUGCUCGUGUAUGAUGUGACUGAUGAGUCAUCUUUCAAUAACAUUAGAAAUUGGAUUCGUAAUAUUGAACAGCAUGCUUCGGACAAUGUCAACAAGAUUCUGGUUGGCAAUAAGGCUGACAUGGAUGAAAGCAAAAGGGCCGUCCCUACCUCAAAGGGCCAAGCUCUUGCUGAUGAAUAUGGCAUCAAGUUCUUUGAGACUAGUGCAAAAACAAACUUAAACGUUGAGGAGGUUUUCUUUUCAAUAGCGCGGGAUAUUAAGCAAAGACUUGCUGAUACUGACUCGAAGGCUGAGCCACAGACGAUUAAAAUCAACCAAGCAGACCAGGCAGGAGGGGCUGCAGCAAAUGCUCAAAAAUCAGGAUGCUGCGGGUGAACAAACUCUGUGGAGGGUACAUGUUCUUCUCUAGGGACCCAUUUUGGUGCGCCAAAAUUAAUUUUGUCACGACUAUAUUGUUAUUGCUUGUAUUCUCCUGCCUAUCAUUAUUUUAUAUCUGCAACUCUUUGGUGUGAAAUGUUAGAUCCAUGGUAAUUUACAAAAAUUAUUUAUAUUAAAAUUAUUUUUCCUAUUUUGGAAGAAA